UCGGGAGGAGCGAAUGGAGCGCAACUAUCACUUCUGCAUCAGUAUACCAUCGCUCUCAUCAGCAUCUCUCCGGCGACUAUAACGCCUCUGUGUGACAGUAGUGCAGAGGGGAUGAACUUGUGUGGAGUGUUUGCCAAAAACAGCGAUCAGAUAUCUCCUUGGGGGAAUUACGCACUUUUGACGACUUUCUCCUCAGUCUGGUUUUGCGAUGGGACACAGUGAUAUCAUGGCAGACUGGACCAUAUCGCUAUUGUGUGAGCUUAGUUUUGUCACCCGGCUUCGGAAGGCUGGUACUUCGACGUGGCUGUAGCCCUUUUCACCCCUGCUUCAGUGGGUUUGUGCGCGGACUCUAUGAACUGGACAGAACCCUUACAAGGAUUUCUCUAUAUAGUCUGGAAAGCAAAAUCAGUGGAGUUGAAGCAGAAACUGGCAAAACGUCCUACAGUCUCACCUGGAUCCUUUACAAAUCCAUGUGAACAUGCGAUCGAGUGUAUAGAUUUGGGGGUUUAUACUGUUUGAGGUGAGGAAGAGGAGAAGCAGGAAGCAGAGGAAGAGGAGCAGGAGUGUAACUGUAGUGUGGGUGAAUGCAGCCAUGGCCAGAACCCCCUGUCCAUAGACGAGCUACUGAGCGGAAGAGAGAUCAAAGAAGACAGAGACAACCAACAGGAUGAAACUGUUGGGGAGGUCAGCUUCGCCUUUGCAGGUGGCCUUCCUCGUUGCCUUGGUGAUGGUCUGCUUUGACCCGGUGUCCACUGGCAACCGUAACCAUCGGGGACCGACAGUUUCUUACCAGGUGAAGCAGGGGACAUGUGAGGUGGUGGCUGUCCACCGCUGCUGUAAUAAGAAUAAGAUUGAAGAGCGCUCUCAAACCGUGAAGUGUUCCUGUUUCCCUGGGCAGGUGGCUGGGACCACGAGAGCCAGACCCUCCUGUGUGGAAGCCUCCAUUGUAGCUCAGAAGUGGUGGUGCCAAAUGCAGCCAUGCAUGGAGGGAGAGGAGUGUAAGGUCCUGCCUGAUCUCACCGGCUGGUCCUGCAGCACUGGCAAUAAAGUCAAAACCACCAAGGUCACACGAUAGCGAGAGAGUCACCGAGCCACGAGGAAACCUGAAACUCUCCAUGUGGAAAGGAUGAAUGACUCACAUAUUUACUGCACACAGUGGGGAAAAUAUCAAGGAAAAGACUGCAGCAAGGCUAUUCAUCACAAUACAAUGGGAUAAAAUGUACUCAUCAUGAACUCUGGCCAUAAGGAGCCGCAUAUACAGCAUAUAUUGUGUGCUGGUUGUUGAGACCAAUGGACUACAAUCAUGGACAUCCAGGGUACAGCUGGACAAAAACUGGACUUUUAUUUUCCAAUAUUGGAAAACAUAGAGAUUGAUCAACAAAUGGUCAAUUUCAAACACGGAUAAAGCAUUUCAAAGUAUAUAUUUCAACAAAGCAUUUUUGGAUGAGUGUGAAAUAUGAACCUGUGCUUAGAGUACUGCUGGACACCAUCCAGAUGAGCUGUUAUAUGUACAGCUUAUAUUGGAAGUGAUUUGGGAGAAAUGAAAGCGAUAGGAGCUCAUAACUAGCAAAUAGCAAAUUAGCAAAAACAAAAAAAAAUUGCUCUUGUGGGUCAAGUCACUAUCACAAGGAGACUGUUUUGCGAGAUCAUUUUGCAGUUCUAAUUAGGAAUUGCAGUGUAGGAUCAUAACAGCAUAUUAAAAAUUCAUGUAAGAUAUUUGCACUAGUUGAAACCAUUUGGGAAUGUUUUGUUUUUCUGGAUAUCUUCCAUCUUUUGCUGUGGAUGUCACACACAUGAAAUUAAAGGUGAGAAUUUUGUAAAAUGUCUGACACUUGAAGUAGAUAAAGAUAUAUACAGUAUAUAUAUCAAGCCCUAUCAUUCCUGGGUAGCUAUUGGCCCUUGCUUACAUACAGCUCGGUACAAUAUGAAGUAGCAAGGUGAUUUUAAUGUCUCAUUUUUGCCCAGAAACAUUUCCAAGCUCAACCUUCAAAGUAAAAUAUCUUUGAUCUAUUAUAUUCACUCUGUUACAUCUCUUAUGUUAACUGUUAAAAGAGAGGCCCAUAAAAUGUUCAACCAGGA